AUGAUACUGGAGGAUGAGGAAAAGUGCGAGGAAAUGGCGAACGUGCGAAGACGAUUCUUGGAGCAGGCCAGUGCCGAAUGUGUCAAUCAAGUCCACGGUUUUAUCACGGAAGUGGCAUCAAAGUGCCUUCACGACGACGCGCCAACUUGUCAAGAUUUUCUGUGGAGCAUCUUCACAUGCGGUGAACACAUGGUGAGCAGGGCGACACACCGAAAGAGACAUGGAGAUACUGCUGAGAAUGCUCGAAGCGACACCAUCAUACCGGACUGGUACGCUCCCCUCAUUCAGGCGUCCAAGUCCGGAGCACUGCUUUGGGCUGGCUUCUGGGACGGUGAUGAGUCCGGAAGAGGCACUUUACAAGCAUUGGAGGAGUUCGCACGCAUGGUUGACCAUGACCCUGUGCACCCCAACACCUACAUCGGGAGAGCUGUCAGGAAUCAAGACGACUUUCAGUCCUGCUUCAAGGAUGGGAGCAAGCCUGCAAAGAGGGCGAUGCAUCACUUCUGGACCUAUACCAGCUUUGCUUUUGUCACAGGUAUGGCAAUGAAAGACCAGAGGUGCGUCAUCGCCGUCGUGAAUAAGCCGAUGGAGGGCGAGCGGCCCCUCCAGGAUUCUGUCUUGGCAUUGUACGAGGCCCCCAGCAUUGGUGCUGCCGCACAUCGGUUUGGGUGGAGGCCGCAGCUUCUUGUAAUCGACCUCCUUGGCACCUGCAGCGAGACGACGCCCUUCCUCGUGGAGAACGCCAUGGAAGGAUGGCAGCGUAUGAAGUACUCUUACAGUCAUGUCUCUGGUCUGCGGUUAGACAAGGUGGACUGCAUCCCGUGUCCACCGCCUGGCUGUAGUCUCAAUCAGGAGCUGGCGAACCAGGUGACGGCGCGGCUCAAGCAGUAG